AUGAAGUUCUUGAAGAGGUCAUCUGAAUCUAGCAGGGGUCCUACCCGUAAGAGCACUCAGGAGUGUAUGGACAGGUCGUCGGGUACAGGGGUCACUGGACGGUCCUCGACCGUCAUGAACAGCGAGAGAACAUCCUCUCGAUCUUUCCGGUCUGACUCGAAGAGCAUGGAUUCCCAGUUUUCCCUGGGUGCAUGUGGAGGAUCGAGAAAAUCCUGUUUCAAUGAGAGCUCUUCAGCUCUGUUCACGGUCUCUGGUUCAUCGGAACCCAAAGGAGCUGUCAGAAGAAGAUCCAUUCUCUCCUUGGACGGAAGCGUUGAACUAGUAGCGGACUCCUCAAUUGUGAAGGCCACUCCUCUGAGAAACUCAAGAACACUUGAUAGCCAAAGCAAAUACAAUUCUUUUCUGUCUAGCAAUCUUCGGUUCGACAGAUUGGGGUUGGUUGGAAGAGUCGAAGAGCAGCAGGUUCUCUUUGACGCACUUGAUCGAGUCUACAAGGGUUCAAGAGAGCCGGUGCUGGUCAGUGGCGAAAGUGGAAGUGGAAAGACUGCCUUGACAGCUUGUCUCAGGAAGAAAAUAAACCUAAAGACAAAUGGGGCAUUUGUUUCCGGAAAGUUUAACCCAGAGGAUCAGGCAGGUGUUCCCUAUCGAGCCUCGCCGACGCUUGCUCACAAAUCCUCAAAGUAA